AUGGAGCUCAGCGUCCUCCUCUUCCUUGCACUCCUUACAGGCCUCUUGCUACUCCUGGUUCAGCGCCACCCUAAAGCCCAUGGCCGCCUCCCACCAGGUCCCCGCCCUCUGCCCCCUUUGGGGAACCUUCUGCAGAUGGACAGAAGAGGCCUACUCAAAUCCUUUCAGAGGUUCCGAGAGAAAUAUGGGGACGUCUUCACAGUACACCUGGGACCGAGGCCCGUGGUGCUGUGUGGAGUAGAGGCCAUACGGGAGGCCCUGGUGGACAACGCUGAGGCCUUCUCUGGCCGGGGAAAAAUCGCCAUCAUGGACCCAGUCUACCAGGGAUAUGGCGUGGUCUUUGCCAAUGGAAACCGCUGGAAGGUGCUUCGGCGAUUCUCUCUGAUCUCCAUGAAGGACUUCGGGAUGGGAAAGCAGAGUGUGGAGGAGCGGAUUCAGGAGGAGGCUCAGUGUCUGAUAGAGGAGCUUCGGAAAUCCAAGGGAGCCCUCGUGGACCCCACCUUUUUCUUCCAUUCCAUUACCACCAACAUCAUCUGCUCCAUCGUCUUUGGAAAACGCUUCCACUACCAUCAAGAGUUCCUGAAGAUGCUGAACUUGUUUUGCCAGAGUUUCUCACUCAUCAGGUCUGCAUUCAGCCAGUUGUUUGAGUUCUUCUCUGGCUUCUUGAAAUACCUUCCUAGGGCACACAGGCAAGUCUACAAAAACCCGCAGGAAAUCAAUGCUUACACUGGCCACAGUGUGGAGAAGCACCGUGAAACCCUGGACCCUAGCGCCCCCCAGGACCUCAUUGACACCUACCUGCUCCACAUGGAAAAAGAGAAAUCCAACCCACACAGCGAAUUCAGCCACCAGAACCUCAUCAUCAAUACGUUCUCGCUCUUCUUUGCUGGCACUGAGACCACCAGCACCACUCUCCGCUACGGCUUCCUGCUCACGCUCAAAUACCCUCAUGUCGCACAGAGAGUCUACAAGGAGAUUGAACAGGUGAUUGGCCCACAUCGCCCUCCAGCGCUUGAUGACCAAGCCAAAAUGCCAUACACAGAGGCAGUCAUCCAUGAGAUUCAGAGAUUUGCUGACCUUCUCCCCAUGGGUGUGCCCCACAUUGUCACACAACAGACCAGCUUCCGAGGGUACAUCAUCCCCAAGGACACGGAGGUAUAUCUCAUCCUGAGCACUGCUCUCCACGACCCACACUACUUUGAAAAACCAGACGCCUUCAAUCCUGACCACUUUCUGGAUGCCAAUGGGGCAUUGAAGAAGAAUGAAGCUUUUAUCCCCUUCUCCUUAGGUAAGAAGCGCAUUUGUCUUGGUGAAGGCAUCGCCCACAACGAAUUGUUCCUCUUCUUCACCACCAUCCUCCAGAACUUCGUGGCCAGCCCUGUGGCUCCUGAAGACAUUGACCUGACACCUCAGGAGAGUGGUGUGGGCAAAAUACCCCCAACGUACCAGAUCCGCUUCCUGCCCCGCUGA